CGGAUAUGCACAACUGUGGCGAUGCUAGCUUAAACCGCUACAAAUAAACGCUAAACGUGUUAAAUACCGUCAAAAUGUCAAUUUCUGGGUGGGUGCUUCUGUUUUAGAGCGGUAUUUGGUCCUCUCCUUGUGUUUCUCUGCACUUUAUUUAAUAAGUAGUUCAGUUUUAACGACUUUUCCGGGUGUUGCUAAAGGCUAACGAUGAGCUAAGCUACGUGCCUUCUUCCCGGCGCUGCCGUUACAGUCUCGUGCGGGUUUCUGUGUAUGAAAUUGAGCCGCACGUGCGCGUGUUGCCCGGCGCCGCACGCGGCGGUGUAGGUUGACAGGAAGGGGCGGCGGGAAGGAGGAGCCGCCGCUGCGGUACAGCUCUGUGUUUACGCGGCUCCAUUUCCUCGUCUUCCCCGCGGUCUCGUCUCAGCUCCCCGGGACGGCGAAUUUCUACAAACCGCGAAAAUGUACCGGUACUUCGGAGAGCUACUCACCCGGGGAGCGGGCGGCGUCCUGGCCUCGGGGUGCCCCCCUGCCACCGCCGCCGCUGACUCUGUUCUGCCGGCGUCCGUGUCCCUGCUGCGGCACCGCGGCUACAGCCAGGCCGUGGACCCAGCCGACGACCCGAACUUCUUCACCAUGGUGGAGGGUUUCUUCGAUAAGGGCGCCGCUAUCGUGGAGGACAAGCUGGUGGAAGACCUGAAGACUCGAGAGACCGCGGAGCAGAAGAGGAGCCGGGUCCGCGGGAUCCUGCGGAUCAUCAAGCCGUGCAACCACGUCCUGAGCGUCAGCUUCCCCAUCAAGAGAGACAGCGGGGAGUGGGAGGUGAUCGAGGGCUACCGGGCUCAGCACAGCCAGCACCGGACGCCCUGCAAGGGAGGUAUCCGUUACAGCACAGAGGUGUCUGUGGACGAGGUGAAAGCUCUGGCCUCGCUGAUGACCUACAAAUGUGCCGUCGUAGAUGUGCCGUUUGGUGGAGCCAAAGCCGGCGUGAAGAUCAACCCGAAGAAGUACUCUGACAACGAGCUGGAGAAGAUAACCCGAAGGUUUACCAUCGAGCUCGCCAAGAAGGGCUUCAUCGGGCCCGGCAUCGAUGUUCCUGCUCCAGAUAUGAGCACCGGGGAGCGCGAGAUGUCCUGGAUCGCCGACACCUUCGCCACCGUCAUGGGACACAAUGACAUCAACGCUCACGCCUGCGUCACCGGGAAGCCCAUCAGUCAGGGAGGAAUCCACGGCCGCAUCUCCGCCACCGGCCGGGGGGUCUUCCACGGCAUCGAGAACUUCAUCAAUGAGGCGUCCUACAUGAGCCAGCUCGGGAUGUAUCCCGGGUUCCAGGACAAGACCUUCGUCAUCCAGGGUUUCGGUAACGUGGGUCUUCACACCAUGCGCUACCUUCACCGCUUUGGAGCGAAGUGCGUCGGAGUCGGAGAAGUGGACGGAAGCAUCUGGAACCCCGAGGGCAUCAACCCCAAAGAGCUGGAGGACUACAAACUGGCCAACGGGACCAUCGUGGGUUUCCCGGACUCGACGCCGUACGAAGGAAGCAUCCUCGAGGCUGACUGCGACAUCCUGAUCCCCGCCGCCAGCGAGAAGCAGCUGACCAAGAGCAACGCCAACAAGAUCAAGGCCAAGAUCAUCGCAGAGGGAGCCAACGGGCCGACCACACCGGAAGCUGACCGGAUCUUCCUGGAGAGAAACAUCCUGGUGAUCCCGGACAUGUACCUGAACGCCGGCGGUGUGACCGUUUCCUACUUCGAGUGGUUGAAGAACCUGAACCACGUCAGUUACGGGCGACUCACCUUCAAAUACGAGCGAGACUCCAACUACCACCUGCUGAUGUCGGUCCAGGAGAGUUUGGAGAGGAAGUUUGGCAAACACGGCGGUUCCGUCCCCAUCGUCCCCACCUCUGAGUUCCAGGCUCGGAUCGCCGGAGCGUCUGAGAAGGACAUCGUUCACUCGGGUCUGGCCUACACCAUGGAGCGCUCUGCCCGGCAAAUCAUGAGAACAGCCAACAAGUACAACCUGGGUUUGGACUUGCGGACGGCGGCGUACGUCAACGCCAUCGAGAAGGUGUUCAAGGUUUACAGCGAGGCCGGCCUCAUCAUCACAUAAACCCGCCUCCAUCCACCUGUCCGUCUGUCCGUCCUUCCUGCACUUCUCAUUCAGAGUUCAGUUUCCAUGAGCAUCUGAAAGUCUCUGGGAUUCUUCGUCUUGGUGCGGUCAAUCCGCCUCCUCCUCCUCCUCCUCAUGUGUGCGUUCUUCUUUGAAUUUAAACUAAAAAAACCAAAGAAACUUGCGGUCGGCAGCUUUAAUGCCGCAGUGGCUCACCUGAAUCGCUGCUUCCUGCACAGAAACAACAAAUUAUCUGAGCUCGCUGGCCAAAAGUAUGUGGACACCCCACAGAUGAUGUGGGCGGAGCCUUUCAGAUGAAAUCAUUCCUUUCUCUGGAGUGUCACUGUCCCGAAAGCCUCGAGCAGACGAGUCAUAAAAUGAGCUCAGCAUUUCAGGAAAAAACAGAAUAUUUGUGUGUUUUUUUUUUUUUUUUGUUUUUUUUUAUUGUUUUUUUGAAUAUUUUCAGGUUGAACUGACUGAGCUAAAGUGUCGGCUUAACACGAAUGAUUAGAGAAAGGUGCAAUCACUGAAUAAACCAUGCUAAGGACGUGCAGCGGGACCUUUCUGUUGGCACACUUGAGAUGAUUUCCUUUUCCUCAUUUGUUCUGUAAAUGUGGGGAAAAGUGAGGGCGCUCUGUGGGAACACUGGGAUCAGUGAUGUCACAGAGAUCACACACAGUUCAAACCUGUGAGAGAUUAUAAAUUCAGGAUUAAAUUAGUCUCUUUUUUUUUUUUCUAUCUUUAGAAAGGUUAUAAACUUGAAACCAGGCUCAACUCUGUUUGGACGAGUGACGGUGGUCUGUAGGUCGCCUCCUUCAGGCUCAUGCAUGUGUUCAGUUAACGGGACCGCGGCCCGGUUCGUGUCAUGGAGGGAACGGCUGCUGCUGCAAAUGCUGAUCCCAGAUCAGGUCAUUAUUGGUGUCCACAUACUUCUGACCAUGUGUCGUGCUUUUCUUCUUCUGCUGUGACGCUGUGCGCGUGUACCUCAGGACUGUCGCUUUGUUCUUCUGCCCACAGAUCCUUUAUUAAAGGACUAUUCUGGUGUUUUGUCUAUUUUAAGAGCAAUAACUCGUUUACUGCCAUCACUGAGAUUAAAAAAUGCAAACGUUUGCUUUACAGCAGAGAAAACUUCAUCAUCUUAUCAUCAGUCCAGCCACCGGAGCUUGAGACCCAAAACAUUCAGGUCAGGAAAAACUCGACCAAAGAGCCGAUAUUUAUUUUUCACUGUUUGAAAUCUGUAGAUUAAUUUAGAAGAUUUCAUCGCUUUUUUCACUUUGCACAUAAAAACCAAAAUUUAUUCAAAAAUUUGAAAUUUCACAAAAGUUUGUUUUUGUUAAAUGAGGGGAAAUCUGCUGCGCCGUUCAGUGAGGACGUCUGUUUCAUUCCAUCUUUAGUUUUUAUUUUCUGAUAAUGACCACAACCAAAAGUUGUUUCUUCUUCUUUCACAUUUGAAAAUUCAGAAACCUGCUGUAAGACUACAAACUAUGCAAACACAAACGGUUCCCUGUGGACUCUGAGUUUUUAUGUUAAAGAGUCCAAACAAAGUGACGCCUGAAUGUGUUUCUUUUUUUAAAUCAAGCUUUAUUGUUCAGUCUCCAGCUAACAGCGUCUUGUUUCAGUGCAAAUAAAAUUUAUAUUUAAGAAGAAAAGAGGCGCAGGGUCCCAUCUGCACGUAGGUCGAGUUGGAAAAUAAUCAUUUAAAAAAUGCAAAAAGUUUCAUUUGUAUUGGUGUCAAAAUAAAAUCUCUGAAGUCCAA